AAUUACUUAUAAAACCAUUCGUAUAAAUAUUUCAUUGAUUUCUUGAAUUCAAAAAGCAUGUCAUCAGCUAAUAUUCCUGCCACGCAAAGUGCUUUAAUAUUUGAAAAAUAUGGAGGACCUCUCGAAGUUCGACAAGUUUCAGUUCCACAACCGCAAGAAAAUGAACUUUUAGUGAAAAUCGAAUAUUCUGGAAUUUGCCAUUCUGAUCUUCAUACGUGGGAAGGUGAUUUUGAAUAUGCUUCCAUUUGUCCUUUAAUUGGAGGGCAUGAAGGUGCUGGAACUGUUGUGACUAUUGGCUCAAAAGUUAAAGGAUGGAACAUUGGUGAUCGAGCAGGAAUCAAGCUUAUCAACGCAAAUUGCCUAAAUUGUGAAUACUGUAAAACAGGACACGAACCGCUUUGUGAUCAUAUCCAAAACUACGGAAUAGACCGCCAUGGAACCUUUCAAGAAUAUCUAACUAUUCGGGAUAUUGAUGCCAUUAAAGUUUCGAAUGACACAAAUCUCGCAGCAGCUGCUCCAGUAUUAUGUGGUGGAGUAACUGCAUAUAAAUCCCUGAAAGCAACAAAUGUGAAACCAGGCCAAAUAGUUGUACUAACGGGUGCUGGAGGAGGAUUAGGAUCUUUUGGAAUUCAAUACGCAAAAGCAAUGGGAAUGAGAGUUGUUGCUGUUGAUCAUAUUAGCAAAGAAGAUCACUGCAGAAAUCUUGGAGCUGAAUGGUUCGUCGAUGCUUUUGAUACCCCAGACAUUGUGGCUCAUAUUCGAAAAUUAACGAAUGGAGGAGCACAUGGUGUUGUUAGUUUUGCAGCAGCCAAAAAGCCAAUGGAAUAUGCUUUGGAAUAUGUCAGAAAAAGAGGGACCGUGGUGUUUGUUGGUCUUCCAAAAGAUGGAACGAUUCCCCUUGAUACACUUUCACUAAUUUGCAAUGAAAUAACUGUGAAGGGAUCAAUUGUUGGAUCACGCAUGGAUGUUGAUGAAGCAAUCGAUUUUAUUACUCGUGGAAUUGUGCAUGUUCCAAUAGAACUUGUAAAACUCGAAGAUGUUCCAAGUGUCUAUCAACGAAUGAAAGACGGGAAGGUCACUUCUCGUGUUGUUGUCGAUUUUUCAAUGCGAUGAGAAACUUGUUUCGUGUUAUUUUUAAUAGAAGUAAGAUAAUCUUUAGUAUUGUAAAGUGAACAAUUGUAUGUACUUCAAUAUUUUAUAACUUUCAUGUAAUUCAUAUUCAUAGUAUGAAAUUAAAAGUUAUGUUUUAUC